AGUAGGCCUCUUGCCUUGUGCACAAUCAUCGACACUGAAACUACGGCAUUUGUGCCAUUUUUGGUUGGCGAGUAGUUGUGUUCCUGUUGUGGUGAAUUCAGCAAACCCAAAACAUGAACGGAGUAGUGUCUUCGGGGAAUAUGGUGUACAAUACUCUUGGUAAGAGUGGUUUAUUGGUAUCCAAACUUUCUUUUGGUUCCUGGGUCACUUUCAACGAACAAGUGGACGUUGAAUUGGCCUACAGUCUGAUGAAGAGAGCUUAUGAGUUGGGUUGCAACCUAUUUGAUAACGCGGAAACUUAUGCAGCUGGAGCAGCUGAAUCGAUUAUGGGUGAAGCUUUUCAUAGAGGUGUAAAGGAAGGCGUUUGGACAAGGGAAGACUUGGUGUUGACCACCAAAAUAUUCUUCGGUGGAAGAGGAGCACGCGAUACCCAUACUUCCAAAGGUUGUUCCAGAAAACACAUCGUUGAAGGAUUGCAAGCUUCGCUGAAACGUAUGCAAUUGGAACAUGUGGAUGUGGUGUUUUGUCAUCGUCCGGAUCCACUUACGCCUAUCGAAGAAACAGUACGUGCCAUGAAUCAUGUUAUCGACCGUGGAUAUGCCUUUUACUGGGGCACUAGUGAGUGGUCUGCACAAGAAAUUACGGAAGCUUGUCGAGUUGCCGAUGUGAGUGGUCUCAUUCGUCCUCUUUGUGAGCAACCACAAUAUAACAUAUUCCAUCGUCACAGAGUUGAAAUAGAGUAUGAGCCUCUUUAUCGAGAAUUUGGUUUAGGCACAACUAUUUGGUCACCUUUGGCUUGGGGUAUAUUAUCUGGGAAAUACAGUGGAAAGAACGUUCCAGCAGGGUCAAGAUUAUCUCUAGAGAAGUACAAAGGGUUGAAGGAAGCUGCCUUCACUGAACGAGAGUGGCAGAUCGAAAGAACCGACCAGUUGAAGCCUAUAGCACAAGAGUUGGGUUGUAGUGUAGCUCAGUUGGCAGUUGCAUGGUGUGCAGCCAAUCCACACGUAUCUACAGUUAUUACAGGAGCCACUAAAAUAGAACAACUAGAAGAAAACUUCAAGGCAAUGGAUAUUGUUCCCAAGUUGACUCCAGAAGUGAUGAAGAAAAUUGAUGAUAUUGCACAAACCAAACCAGAUUACAAUCCAGAGAUGAAAAUGGCACGUCGUGUUCGAGGAAUAGAUAAGGCUUAGUUGUAGCAAUUUCGGGUUUCUUUUGCAUAUUUGUUUUGUGUUGUUAAAGAGGGUUUUAUUUCUUUGUGUUGUUUGUUGUAUGUUUUAAAACUACAUCUGUCCAAUUACCAGUA